AUGUACUGUCCUCUCUCUCUCUCUCUCUCUCUCUCUCUCUCUCUCUCUCUCUGCCACUCGAUUGGGGUAGAACACAGCGCCGGGGAUCUUUCUCGUCGGUGGAAGAUAUUUUGGAUCUCACUGAACAGCUACCGCCCGCCUCAGGCUGGGCAGCCACAAGCCAGUAAUGUGUCGACCUGCUACGGUCUGCCUUCUUCAUUAGGGGCAUGGAGAUUAGAAACACGUCUGGCUGACACUGGAUCGCUGAUGGAGAAGGACUACACAUUCUUCUGGCAUAGGAAGAGCUCUAACGAACCACGCCAACGCGGAGUUGGCUUCACAGUGAGGAACAGCCUGCUGAAUACGGAAGAACCAGGCAGAAACGGCUCCGAGAGACUCCUUACUCUCCGCCUCAACACCACCACAAGCCCUGUCACCCUCUUUGGCGUCGGCAAGAUGAAAGACAACGGCCAGAGACUGCUCGAGCUAUGCACUUACCACAACUUGAGCACAGUCAACUCCUUCUUCAGGACAAAGCCCCAGCACAAGGUCUCCUGGAGACAUCUACACUCAAAGCACUGGUACCAGCUGGAUCUCAUACUUGUCAGAUGCACCGCCAUUAAGUACGCUCUUCCCAUACGUUCUUACCACGGCGCGGAAUGCGAUACAGACCACUCCUUGGUUGUACUGCAAGAUCAAGCUGCAGCCCAAGACGUUCCACUGAGGCAAGAAACGGGAGAAUCCUCUCACUGA